AUGGCGUCCGUCGCAGAUAUACAACCAGAAGCUCACCCCUCAACUCCUGAUUCUGAGACUCAUUACGCUUCGAAUACUCAAUUGAAUCCAUCUGAUCUCACGGACUCAACCACCCCGGUCACCAUUCCACAGCCAAAUCCACAUGAAAACCAACAUCGGCCAAAUCCUCGACCAAAGAAUCCUACAUAUUCGCAGCUCUCACAAACACAGUCAGCCACAGCCCGAUCGCGCGCAUAUUCAACAGCUUCCACGUCGUCAGUAAAUUCCGUUCGUCGCAAACCUUUACCUGUAAGUGCCUCGCCUUUGGCAACCAGGUUUUCCACCAGGUAUUCCACGGCGGAAUACUUCAGUCCAUCUAUCGAAGAAUUGCCAGAGCCGGAUCUUCCAUAUUCUAGGUAUACGAAUGUUGCCGAUAGUCCAACACUUUACGAAUUUCCAUCGGAUAUAAAAAGCGCUUUGCCAUUUUCCCCAGAAAGUUCUAGCAAUAGAAAUUCCAUCCGAAGUUCAAUAAGAAGUUCAAGGAGCUCCAAAAGUUCUAAAAGCUCUAAGAGUGUUUCGAAACAAGAACGUCCAUCAUCAAAGAGAUUUUCGAGCGAACAAAUCGCUUGGACUUCAGUGACGCCAGCGCUACCAGAACAACCAACAGAUAACGAAGAACAAAUCCUUAGUCCAAAAAGUCCGAACCUUUUAGUCCCGUCUCAUACACGUCCACCGGGAGCCUCGAGGCAUGAAAGAUUGGUUAGCGAUUCGCCAUUAAGUUCUGAUUCUGAAUCUACCGGUCAUUGGUACGGGGAUUCUAGUCCAGGAAGUCGUCCGGGUUCUGCUACUAUGUCCAUUUUUUCAUCCAAAGCUACACCACCACAUAAUAUUAUACCUAAUGCUCCGGCACGAACCUAUACUCACGAAUCUCACGACUCUACAUCAACUAUACAUAAACCCAAAUCACCGGGGAAACUUGGUUCUUUCUUUAGUAGCUGGGGAGGUGCCGUAUCCCCAUCGAGUUCAACGACAACCUUUUCGGAAGAUAAGGCAGAUUAUUCACCAAACUCACCCAUACCGUCGUCAAAUGCAUCGCCGCAUAAACUUUCUGAAUUUGAAGACUCCCAUUCGAGGACUCAUACUAAAGCGCCACCGGCCGCGAUCGAUAUUCCCAAAGCCAAUGCAGAUGCUGCCCAUUACUUCGAAAACGCAUAUCUACAAAUACCCAUAGCGACGCCUAGUCCGCCGCCUUUACUAGUUGAAGAGAUGGAGCGAGAAUUGAAAGAAAUCAGCCAAGAGCUAGCAUCUUCCAUACGAAGGGAGAUGGACCUGGAAGAUCUUGUAGACAGGUUACAGCUCGAGGCCCAAAAUUCAGGAACAAAUAGUAGCAAGCGAACAAGUGAUUAUUUUUCAGAUUCUGGAACAAGUGUGAUUCCCAGAUAUGGAGAACCCGAUCCUAAGCAGGAUGAGCUUGAUCGAAUACAGAGGAAGACAGAGCAAGAGAAGGCUUCUAUCAAAUUAGAGCUUACAGAUAAGCUACAAGACGAGAGAGCUAUAAGAAAGCAACUCGAAACACAAAUUCGAUCUCUAGAAGAAAGAGCGGCUCAGGUUGAUCUUGCAGCUAUAAAUUCAGUGGAUGCCAAUGGGCGACUUAAAGAGUUGGAGGCAACUUGUGAGGAUCUUCGACGCAAACUAUCCGAAGAGAAACAGAUCAGGGAAAACUUCGAAGAUCUUUUGACUGCACUCAAAGCAGAUCUUGAAACCUCACAUAACGAGCGUGACAAUUUACGAGAUGAAAUUGUGCCUCAACUCAAGGCACGUGUUGAAGGGCUCGAAGCACAAGCUGCAGAACAUGAAAAGUUGACCUACGAGCAAAGCAAGAUGAAUCAAGAAAUUCAAAUUCUCAAGAAGGAGAAUACCACAUUAAUCAAUGCCCAAAGGCUACAAAUGGAGAUGAACCAGUUCAACUCCCUCUCGGAAGAAGACAACAUAAGCAAUCUACCCAGGUCGAGAUCAUCCAUAAUGAGCAUUGGUGGCAUCGGUGGACUCGGUGGUUUGAGUGGUGGUCUAGGUGGCUUGAAACGGGCCAACUCUCUCGCACACACUGGCAAAACCGCUAGAUCACCUGGCUUAUCUAGGACAACAUCCGUCAAGACUGCUGAGUCCAGAGAAGCUUUGGCAGAACGAGUAAAGGAUAUUGAACUCCAACGAGAUUCUCUACAUCGUGCUCUUAAAAAAAUCCGCCAACUGGAAAUGGAAAGAGAUCGUGCUAUGAACCAAUCUCCGAGGCGGCAAGGAUACGAUAAGGAAGUUUCAAAUCUUAGAGAGGAAAUCAAUACCCUUCGUCGCCGUGCUGAUGAAGCAAUUGAGCAGAAGUGGCAAUGUGAAAAAGGUCUAGGUGGUUUGAAGAUGGAUCUCGAUCGCGCUGAACAGGAAAUCGGCUCACUACGAAGCUUGUUACAAGAGAAAGACAUAUUAAUCAAACGAUCUAGCACAGAUUCUAGACCCGGCAGCUCACACGCAACCUCCGAGACACUUGAGCGAUCGUACCGGGAUCUUCAAGCGGCUUACUCAGCUUCCCUGGAGCGAAUCAAGGCCCUUGAAAUCUCAGCCUCUAGUGACGAGGAUACUGCGAGAGCUAUGGAGCAGUUGGAGAAAAGCUUGUCUGACGCAAUUACUGAAAGAGAUGUUGUAAAGCAAGAGCUUGAGGCAGUCAGAGAGCAAUCGGAAUCUUUGAGAGAUUCUGAGAAGGUACAUCUUCAAGAGGAGAUGCAAUUGGCAGAUGAGCUACGUGAAUCAGCCAGACGAGUCGAGGAAUUGGCUGGACAAGUCAGACUGCAACUUGCUUCAAAUAGCACUCUUAGACAGCGUCUAGCUGACGCUAUUGAGCGAGGAGAGAAGGAGCAGAAAGCCAAUGCGCAAAAGAUCACAUUCCUUCAAACCAAGCUCAGGGCUCUUGAGGAAAAGCUUAUAGCUGCUCAGAAUAUUUCUGAGGUAAGAAUUGCUCGUCAUGAAGAUGAGAUUCGUGAUAUCACGGACAGCCAUAAUAUCCAGCUUCUUCGCGUGAAGUCGGAACUCCGUUCACCUCGUUCGUUCGGGCCUAAAUCGCCAAUGUCUCCAUUGUUCGCAAAUGCGAAGAAGGUACCGCGUCUUUCUAUUACCACAUCCGGAAAAGGAAUGUCGGUAUCCGAGGACUCGAAGGUUGAGGUUUUGAGGCAACAAGUUGUAAACCUUGAAGCUGCUCUUGCAGAAGCAGAUAGAGAGAUGGAGGAAGUUGUCGGCCGUAUGAAUAUCGCACAGAUCGAAGUAAUGGAACUACAGAACGAAAGAGAAGAGGCCGUACGUGAGACGAGAAAAUUACAGAAGACGAUUGAACAAGAAAGAUUGAGGGCUUUCGAGGGGAGAUUUGCUACUCUUAACUCGUCAUCAUAA